UGUUGCCGUCUUCUCGUCCGACUAGCAGUAUGGAAGCAGUUUUUGUGCUUACUUUUUCAUUUUAAUUCACCCCCCCCCUUUUAGAAAUCCAUGUUUUAUUUUUAACAAACCCACCUCCUAUUUCUCACCCAAGCACGAGUACAACACGAAAACUAAACACAGUAGGAUUACGUUCGCAGAUUUUUUGUUGCCUUCAGUAUUUUUAACAGCGGUACACAAAGAUGAAAAUCAAAGCCAUUAAUUAAACCCAGAGACGCUGUGAAUGGAAAGCGGUCCGGACAUUGCUUUUACUAAGCUUUGAAUCAGAACCAGUCUAUUAGAAAGCGACCUUCUUCAUAAACUCCUGCAGCCGUCCGCCUUGGACUCUGGCCGGCUAUAUAAUUUGCUUUUCAAGGUUGUGCACGACAGUGUCUUCCAGGUUUCAAAAGGGUCGCUAUGAACAGCGCAUAAAUGAACGUGAAAUGGAUGUCGACUCAGACGCAGCCGCGGCGCAGAAGCUCUGUCGGGUGCUGCUGGUGGGCGAGGGGAACUUCUCCUUCUCUGCCUCCGUGUGCGAGACGGCAGGCAGCUGCACCGAGAUCACUGCCACCUGCUUCCAGCGGGAGGAGGCGGCCAGGCAGCAGGGCGAGGCUGGGAGGAACAUCCAGCGCCUGCUGGAGAGAGUGUACCCGCUGUCUGUUUCUCCCAGGGGCAGAAGUGUAUUUCCAGGUGGACUGCACCCAGUUGAAGGAGUGUGUGGCCCUGUCAGGGAGACAGUUUGACCGCGUCGUCUUCAACUUCCCUCACUGCGGGAGGAAGGCAGGUGUGAGGAAGAACCGCACCCUGCUCACCAAGUUCUUCCUCAGUUGUGCAGGGGUUCUCAGUGAAGAUGGAGAAGUUCACAUCGCUCUUUGUAAUGGACAGGGAGGCACGCCCGCUGACCAGCCAAUGAGAGAGUGGCACAACAGCUGGCAGGUGGUUGCCAUGGCAGCGGAGGCGGGGUUCAUUCUCAGUGAAAUCUGCCCUUUUGACUGCGCUAAAUACCACAGCUACAGAAGCACAGGUUAUAGGAGUCAAGACAAGACGUUCCACGUGGAAGGAGCUCUGAAUCACAUCUUCACUCGGAGUCUGCCUUUCACUUCAGUGCAGGCUGUUGCUGUGCAGGAAACACUGGGCAAGCAUAGAGUCUGUUUCCAGAUCCCUGAAGAACUGAGUGAAUACAUCAACAGGGGUUUUCUUGGCAGACGUUCCCACCACCCUGUGAAUCUAAUAAACGAGCGGCUUCUGAAAGAGUUGAGCUCCCUGGUGCCUGUCCAGCGAAUAGAAAGAGACCUCCCCUUAUUGUUUCACAGCAGCAAGGGGCUCCCUGAUUGGCUGUGCGACCUGUCUAACAUCUACUGGAUCAGACCUUCAGAGGUGGGACUAACAGGGAGUGAAGAGGCCAGUGCUGAGGAGCUCAACUCCAGUGUGCAGCCAGAGACACAGCCUGUGACUUCAGGAGAGGCUGUGUCCAAUAGCACAGGCACAGAGGAGGCUGUGAAGAAGGGCUACGGUCUCCGGUCCUCCCUCAUGGUACACGCCCAUGAGGUUUUACAACAGAAGGGAUUCCGAGUGGAAACGUUUUACACAAUAAGCGGCCCGGUCUUCAGAAAGAUCCCGGUUUCCAGAGACAACCUCCCCGCUUUCCACGAGACCCUCCUGAUUUGCGGAUUCGAUCCCGAACAGAGGCCGGAUUACAUCCGAGUUCUCCAGCGAUCCCUUGAAAAGGUCAUUCCCCCAAGGCUGGACUCCUCCGAACGUCUGCUGACCUUCCAGAAGCUCUCGGACGCGCCCGUCCUCCACGGAAUCUCAGUGAAGCAGAAGGGAGAGAGGCAGGUUGGAUGGAUAGCAGUGAUUCCUCCGGGACGCUUUCACCCAGGUCUCCACGUGUGCGCCGUCACCCUAAACCUGGACCUGUUGGCCAUGCUGGUCUUCGGGGUGCAGGACUGGAGGAUGCUGUGGAGCUCUGACCCUCGUUUCCUUGACCAGUUUUGCCAGACAGAGUUGAGACCCUUGCAGAGUUUCUCUCUCCAUCCUCCCUUGUACCAGCACGAUGUUAGCUUCUGGGUGGAUCCGCUGAGCUUCGAUGAGCUGGCCUUCCACAGCCUGGUCCGGCAGGCGACUGCAGGGGCAGUGAUUGAUGUGCGCCUGGUGGACAGUUUCCAGUACCCUCACAUGCCCCAGGCUAGUCGCUGCUACAGACUCAGCUACCAGGCCUGUGACAGAGCUCUGUCUUCUAGGAAAGCACAGGAGCUGCAGCUGAGACUCCGAGAGCAGAUUCAGCAGCGCUUGCAAGUGACUCUCAGAUAGCUGCCACUGCCAGCCCACACCCAGUCCCUUUCUUAACAAGCUAACAGAAUCAUUGCACAAAUCUGGAGCUGCAAGCGUGUGCGAUGCGAGACGGACAUUGUGAAUGCAUUUUGCACAGCAAUGUGCUGUAAAACUUGACCUGUGUUUUGACUGUAUUCUGCACAGUUGUGUUUUGAAGCGCAAAAUGUUGGCUGUAUGUUGCACUGCAUGUAAAAUCCAGUAUUGUUUUUAUUUUGAUGUGAUUUUUAAUAUUUUAAUAAAAUUAAAUAAAUGGA